CCGACCAGAACUCGCUCUAAAAGAAUAUCUUAAACUUCCGGCAGCCGCUUUAUAUCAUCCCUCCUCCGCACUCAGACGUGCAAACCCUAUACUAAACUGACCAUUCGCCGCUCUUGUUCGCUCUUUCCACCUCUCUUGUCAACUCUCUGUCUCUGCGAGAAUCUAUAGGACAGACUUUCGAUAUGCAUCGCUUCGCCUCGAGCAUCGCCUCCAAAGCCCGGGUUGCUGGCGGCGGCAGCAGCAGCAGCCGACAGAUUGGAAGCAGGUUUGCCUGGAACAGAAACUAUGCCGCCAAAGACAUAAGAUUCGGGGUUGAAGCCCGCGCUUUAAUGCUAAAGGGCGUGGAGGAGCUCGCUGAUGCUGUUAAGGUGACUAUGGGCCCUAAGGGGCGCAAUGUUGUUAUUGAGCAAAGCUUUGGUGCACCGAAGGUUACGAAGGAUGGUGUAACAGUUGCCAAGAGCAUUGAGUUUAAGGACAGAGUGAAGAACAUUGGUGCUAGCCUCGUGAAACAAGUGGCCAAUGCAACUAAUGAUGUUGCUGGUGACGGUACCACAUGUGCAACAGUCCUUACUAGAGCAAUUUUUGCUGAAGGAUGUAAGUCAGUGGCAGCUGGGAUGAAUGCAAUGGAUCUAAGGCGAGGUAUUAGCAUGGCUGUUGAUUCUGUUGUUACCAACCUUAAGAGUAGGGCAAGAAUGAUCAGCACCUCAGAGGAGAUUGCUCAGGUUGGUACAAUUUCUGCAAAUGGAGAGCGAGAGAUUGGAGAACUAAUUGCAAAGGCAAUGGAGAGAGUUGGCAAAGAAGGCGUCAUCACAAUUGCUGAUGGCAAAACUCUUUACAACGAACUGGAGGUGGUUGAAGGAAUGAAACUUGACAGGGGUUACAUAUCACCGUAUUUCAUCACUAAUCAGAAAAACCAAAAAUGUGAAUUGGAAGAUCCUCUUAUUUUAAUCCACGAGAAGAAAAUUUCAAGCAUUAAUUCUGUGGUGAAAGUUUUGGAGUUAGCAUUGAAGAGGCAGAGGCCUUUGCUCAUUGUUGCUGAAGAUAUAGAAAGUGAUGCGUUGGCAACAUUGAUCCUUAACAAGCUUCGAGCUGGAAUCAAAGUUUGCGCCAUCAAGGCUCCUGGGUUUGGAGAGAACAGGAAAGCUGGUUUGCAGGACCUUGCUGUUCUCACUGGUGGUCAGCUCAUCACCGAGGAACUUGGCAUGAACCUUGAGAAAGUUGAACUUGAAAUGCUUGGGUCAUGUAAAAGGGUGACAGUUUCCAAAGAUGAUACUGUUAUACUUGAUGGUUCUGGUGACAAAAAUGCUAUUGAAGAGAGAUGCGAUCAGAUAAGAUCUACUAUUGAGUCGAGUACAUCUGACUAUGAUAAGGAGAAGUUGCAAGAGAGGUUGGCUAAGCUCUCUGGUGGUGUUGCUGUUCUAAAGAUAGGAGGGGCAAGUGAAGCUGAAGUUAGCGAGAAAAAAGAUAGAGUAAAUGAUGCUCUGAAUGCUACCAAAGCUGCUGUUGAGGAGGGAAUCGUACCAGGUGGAGGUGUUGCCCUCCUCUAUGCGUCCAAGGAGCUGGACAAGUUGCAUACUGCCAACUUCGAUCAGAAGAUAGGAGUGCAAAUUAUUCAAAAUGCUUUGAGGACCCCAGUGUACACUAUUGCAUCAAAUGCAGGUGUAGAGGGAGCCGUGGUUGUGGGAAAGCUCUUGGAGCAGGAUAGUCCCGACUUAGGAUAUGAUGCAGCCAAAGGUGAAUAUGUUGACCUGGUGAAGGCUGGUAUUAUUGAUCCCCUGAAAGUAAUUAGAACUGCAUUAGUGGAUGCUGCAAGUGUUUCUUCUCUAAUGACCACAACAGAGGCUGUGGUUGUGGAGCUGCCAAAAGAUGAGAAAGAAGCUGCUUCCUCUAUGGGUGGUGGUGGCAUGGGUGGACUUGACUACUAAUAUUCACUCGUCCUUGCAGCAGUUUCACAUCGAACUCUACAGUAUGUAUUGGAUAAAAGGAUUUCUUGUUACUUCUCCAAUUUGUCCUAAUUUAGGCUAAUCAAUUUUGUUCUGAGGCCAACUAUUUAUUCAAUCUGGAUUGCUGGGUUUUCCUUCUGUGGCUAUAACUAUGAAUACCAUCUUAACUUGUGGUUAUGCUAAUAUUGAUUGCAUCAUACCAAUGUGGAAAUAAGAAAAAUGGAUUCUGAGUUUUAAUGGC